AUGCGCACCCGUAGCGGCAAGGGCAAACUCUCGGAAUCCGCCACGCCUGCUCCCCAGCACCACGACUCCAGCCUCGACACUUCGUCGUCCGGCUCAUCAAAGACGUCCCGCAAGCUAACCCGUUCGUCCUCGACCAAUUCAAUGCAUUCCCAAAUCUUCGUCGCCAGCCACGACGACAUUGUGGCUUUCUACUCAAAGCCCGUCCUGACCAUUUCCGGCUUGUCCGAGGAUUUCCUUGGCCGCCUGGAGCGCGAGGACGAGCUGCGCCACCGCUCCUCGCGCCCCAAGUCUCUCUACGAGCAGUUCCAGGAAAUCGAGCGCGAGAGCUCCAGUCAGAACGAAGACCCAUCCCAAAAUGGCAACGACCACGAGCGCCCGAAGCGAGGCAAUCGCGGACGCCCGGCCAAAAUUCAAAAACAGCACCCUUCGCCCAGAAAACGCCGCGCCCGUCCGCGCAAGUCGCUCGCUGAUGUUGACGAAGAAGACUACAUGUCGCGUCCGCAGACGCCCAGUGUGGCCGAUGCUGACGAGGACGCCAACCCGGAUAACGCCGAGCCGUCCGGCGAGCCGAGUGAAGCAGCUGAUCAAGACCAAGCCGACGACUCUCCCUCGCCAGACGACCCCGACGCCAGUCCCUCGCACCAACUCAUCAGUGAGACUACCGGUACCUACAGGUCCACUGCCACCUCGGCGCCCAUUCAGCCCUCUCCGCCGCGCGAGCCACGCCCUAAGCCCAUCUAUCAGGAUGAAGAGCUGGAGGAUGACGACCUUCCGCCGCCCUUCACCAACACGCCCGGCACUCCUUCGGAGUCAGAAGUUGACGAUGAUGCCAACCGUAUUCUUAGAAAGCGCUUUGACUACAUGACCGAUCCUCAGAAGUUUAUCGCUGCUCUUACUAAGCACUUGCCCUCUGAAAGAACGUCUGAAGUGCUGUAUGCACUUGCCGAAAACACCCAAGCUGCUUUGAAAGCAUGGCAAGACGAGUAUCUCGCAAUCGACAAACGAGUCGCCGCACACGCAAACAAUGGCCCCAGGAAACCGGUAAACGGCGGCCGCGUGCCUGUUGACCCCAAGGUUUUUGAUGACCAAAAAGAAGCCGAUAUUUACAGCUAUGUCUACGACGCACGCAAACCCCCCGGAACUCAGGAUCCUUUCAGUCAACGCAUUGGCACCGACUACGUCGGCGGUCGCGAGUUGCGACACAGGCGUGCCCGAGAUGUCACUACCGAGGACCUGGCUCAGAGCGAGGAGGACGUUGGGAAGAGGAAGAGGCGUGCAGCUCAGAGAUUCGAUGGAGCUGCCGAUUCUGGAUCGCGUACCCGAAAACGUGACCAUGCGGGCUCCGAAACCCCAGAACCGCCUGGUCCGCGGAAGAGAGGUAAGGUUGGCAGCGCGACAAAGAGACAAUCCGUUGUUCCACCCCGUAUUCGCGAAAUGAGAGGCGAGAGCGCCAUGACUACCAGCGCCUCUGAAGACGACGACACCUACGAAGGAACACCGGAGCCGCGCGGGCCCGGCAAGCGACGCGGAAGGCCGCCUGGCAGCAAGAAUCUCGCUCAGCGCAAGGAUGCCGGCAUCAAGAAGGGACCGCGCGGUAAGAAAGGAGCUGCUGCUGCCCAAGCCGCCGUCAAUGCUGCGAACAAUGAGCAGAACAGCACACAGACGACUUUCCCCAGCGCUCCCAGCGCUGUCACCACUGCACCGCCGCAGCAACAGCCGCAGCAACAGCAGCCCUUCUUCGUUCAAGGCUACAGCCAUGCCCCGCACUCAAACAUUCCUCCCGUCUCAGCUGCGCCAAACGCAAGGCCCGCCAAGCAGCAGAUCGUCUCGCUGAUCAGCAGCGUCAGGCAGCUGCUGAGGCACAGAGUGCCGCUGCUGCCGCCCAAAACCCGCAGGGCUACGGCUUGCCAGUCAAUGGGUACAAGGGUCCGUAUCCGCCAACUCAACCGGCUUUCCAAGGCUACACGUCCACUCAACCAGCAGCGCAACAAAGCAGCUUUAGAGCUAUCGCACCAGGCCCUCACCAAGGACAAGGCGCGCAAGCCCAAGCACAGACCCACCACCACCACCAUCACAUUCCGCAGACGACUCAUCACCAUCACACACCCCCCGCCACCCAUCACCCAUCAACACAAGCAGCACAGCCAGCAAAGCAGGCAAUGCACCACGGGCCGUUCGGCUAUGAUGGCGCCGGCAGCCCGCCACCACCUAUCCAUGGUAAUUUGCACCACGGGCAGCCACAGGAGGGUGUCCCUGAUAGCCUUCGUCGCGACAUUCUCGGGUUACGAGGCAGGCCUGAGCCGAGACGUGGCCUAUGAAUGA